CUAUUUUAGUGAGCCACUCACAUGAGCGUUGGAAUCUAUAUAUCUACCCUCUUUCAUCCCUUCUCAUCUCAGAAAAAGACGGCUGUGGGUAUAUGUCACCUACCUGAGAAGAUUUAAAACAGAGAACUGCAACCAUGUCUGAAGCGCCUUCGAAACCAAAGCCAAAAAUCUCUGCAUCACGCAGACUGUUUUUGAAGACCAAACUGCUAAAAAAGGCCACAACUUUGCUUGAGAAUGAUAAGCAAGUCAGAAAAGAUGAAAGAGAGAGGAUCCUCUCUGAAAGAGUGCCAGCCCUCCAGGUGUCGGGUCUGUCUUUGCAGGAAUUACAGAAUCUUUGCAAGGAGCUACACCAGAAAAUUGAUAAGGCUGAUGAAGAGCGCUAUGAUGUUGCUGCUAAAGUGACAAUAAAUGACAAAGAGAUACAGGACCUGUCUCAAAAGAUCUUUGAGCUGAAAGGCAAAAUGAAGAGACCAAACCUGAGGAGGGUGAGGGUGUCUGCAGAUGCCAUGCUGGGAGCUCUGUUGGGUGCAAAGGUCAAAGAGUCUGUGGACUUCAAGGCCAACCUCAAGACUGUGAAGAAGGAGGAAGAAAAGAAAGAAGAGGUGACUGACUGGCGUAAGAAUGUGGAUGCCAUGUCUGGAAUGGAGGGCAGGAAGAAGCUGUUUGAUGCUGGGCAGUAGAUUUGAAGUGAAGGUGUUUGCUGUAGUAAAACAGAUGGAGACAGUUACUUUCCUUUCAAUUAUGUUCACUUUAUAAUGAAUUAAGUGAAAACAGAGACCAGUUGAAUGGCACAGUUCAUGUUUGUAACUGGCAAUAGUGAACAUAUUGACUUAGAUUUUCUAUUAAUACAUAUUGUUUUUUGUAUUAUGAAAACAUAUGUAUUUCAUAUAUUAGAGCACUUAAUCGUAUUUGAAGUUUUUAGUACAUUAUAUUCGUCUGAAAUUAGUGCUACUGUUGUUUGUCCAUUUCUCUUGAAUAAUGUUGCAGUGCUGUUUGACCUUUUAUAUACAUAAAAUCACCAAUGUUCACAGGGAAUACAAAUUAACUUAAUCUUUAUCUACAAUAUCUUAUCUAUAUUAUUCCUAUCUUGCUUUAAGCACAGGCUCCUUUGAUAAACUGGACUGAUAAAGAGAAUGGAUACACAUUCCAGAGGCAACUUAUUAUUGAGUCAGCUGUCAAACCAUUUAAAAUGAAUGUGAUCACUUACACAUUA